AUGAGUAGUAAUGAUGAAGGUGCUUCAUCAAACUCGGUGUUGAUGCGUACAUUGCGUUCACCGUCACAGCCACAACAAAUAGCACAAACUUCUCCUCCUCCGCCACCUCCACCAUUGCCGCCAAUGUCAAUGUCUAAUAAUAACAACAAUAACAAUGGACAGCAUUAUACAGAUGAUCAUGACCUGGGCAUUGAUGAUCAUUUAGAUGACGACAUGAUGGUAUUGCCAUCAAUAACAAAAGGAGGCAACAACUCUGAUGCAGUAGAUGACAUACAUGCUCAGCUCGAACUUGAAGAGGACGACGAUGACAACAACAAUGAAACCGAUGAAGAUCAAAUCGACUCGGAGAUCGACCUGGACACAUUCCAUCAACUCGACGAUCCCGACGAAGAGGAGAACAGGCGUCGAAAGAUGAUCCUUUACAAGAAGAUGUAUAUCAAGUUGGACUUUGUGCUGGAGCACAUCAACAUCGUGCUCAGUGUCGUCUCUGUUGGCAUCUUCAUUGCAAUGAGCUACAUCGAGGUCGAGACGACAUCAUAUCACACGCUCAACUCCAUCCUCUUGGUGUUCUCAAUCUUCUUCAUCUUUGACUUUGUUCGACGACUUGUGCUCACCAAGAACAGGCGCAAGUACAUGCUCAAGGUCAGCACCUGGCUCGACAUCCUCUCACUCCUCCCCAUCAUCGUCACACUGUUGCCCAACUCCCUGGUCAACGUCAUCCCACUUGGUUUCCUCAGAGUGCUUCGCAUCCUCAUGGCACCAAGACUAUUCAAGUUACAUGGUGUAGGAACAACAUUCUUAAAGACAAGUCAACUGUUGGUAUCAUUGGUUAUAUUCAUUGUGCUCGUCGCAUCGAUGAUUACAUCAGUCGAGUCGGUACCAUUCCAUCAUUCAAUUUACUUUGCCGUAGUCACAUUGUCAACAGUUGGCUAUGGAGAUAUUUCACCAAAGACGAUCGUUGGUCGUCUACUUAUAUCUGUAAUCAUCCUCACUGGUCUCAUCUACAUCCCAGUAAAGACAACACAACUACUUGGAUAUCUAAAUGAAAGAAAGCCAUGGCAUGGAGCAUACAGGACCAACAAUAAGAAGUUUGUAGCUGUUGUCGGUAACAUCUAUGAGCGAUCAUUGAACACAUUCGUGAAUGAAUACUUCAAUAAUUCACGUAUCAAGAGGAUGCCACUGGUGAUAUUCUCAAAUGAUGAUCCACCAGAGUAUUACCAAGCUCUAUCACAAGGAGUGACGACCAAGCAUAUGUGUAUUUAUAUCAAAGGAACGAGUGGAAAAGGUGAUGAUGUACUUAGGGCCAACAUCAAGAAGGCCAGUAGUAUAUUUGUCUUUUCCAAACAGUACAUUGAUGACAUCAAUGAUGACUUGGAGAACAUCUUGAGAGUGAUGUCCACACGAACCUUUGUUCCAAAGGUGCCCAUCUUCACACAGAUAAUGAAUCCAAAGCUAAUACCCAAGAUGAUGUCAGCUGGUGCCACUCAAGUCAUCUCCGUCCAAGAGUUGAAGAUGAACCUAAUGGCACAGUCAUGUCUAUCACCUGGAUUCAACACAUUCAUCAUGAAUCUUCUGCGAUCGGAUCUGACCACCUACAAAGACGUUGAUGAGUAUGGUUCAGGCAAUGGAUAUGAGAUCUUCACAGAGUCAUUCUCCUCUGCUUUCGUUGGAAUGCAAUUCCGUUGUGCAGCCAAGUUCAUCUUCCAUUGCUUUGGAAUGAUUGUGUUUGGUAUCGAAUCAUUGAUCAAUAGGAAGCCAAGGAUCAAGUUGAACCCAGCACCACAUUAUAUCAUUCAACCAAAGGAUAGAGGCAUCUUGUUGGCAAAGACUAGGAUGGCAGCCCUGAGGAUAAAGGGCGUAUCUCACUAUCACAUUGAAGAGAGACAGCCUGAGCUUGAGGAGGACAAGGAGCAGGAGGCAAAGGUGGUCUGGAAGUACGAUCCCGACACAUCAAUAUAUAGAUGCAAGCUUGAGAUCUCCGAGGUGAGCAGGGCGAGGACCAAGGCAUCAAAGAAGUCUCUCCGCAAACUACUCAUUGACAAGAAGAAGGAGAUGAACUAUGACUUGUCCAGUUUGGACACUGUUCACACAACAAUGCACAGCGGACCAGACACCGACAGUCCAAUGGCAAGCGAGGUGUUCAGUUCAAUGCCCUCGGACACGACAUACAGCUCCACAUCGACGCCAACCACCUCGCCAAAUCUAAGUCAUAUCAAUCAUUCAAUGACUAUCCCGCCUCCACCUGCGAUCCCCUCACUCUCAGAGUCUGUCAAGGUUGUUCGUCGAUUCUGGACGAAUCACAGCUUUGAAGACAGUCUGGUCAACUCGGUCGAGGACAUCACCUCGGUCAACAAGCACAUCAUCCUCACUGGCCCCAUCUACCAUGUCGACGCCUUUAUAAGACCGUUGCGCGAGAACUACUUGCGUCGUUACGAGCCAAUAGUCAUUCUCACACAGGAGUUCCCAAUGGAUGAGUGGGAGAGAAUAUGCUCCUACCCCUACAUCUACGUCGUGAAUGGACAAUCACGUAGUAUGAAGGAUCUCAAACGAGCAGGCAUACUCAAGUGCUCCAAACUCAUUGUCAUGUCAUUGGAGGUACAGAGCAACGAGCCCUAUCUCAAGGACAAGGCCACCAUCUCCACCAUUGUCUCGAUCAAGGAGCUCGUAAAGUCAUUGGACAUAUAUCCAAUCUAUGAACUAACCGACCCACUUAACCUCCAACUACUACCUAAUAACCAGCAAUGGAAUCAGAAGGACCCGUACUACAUGGCACCAUCAUUCGCCAGUGGAAACGUGUUCCUGAGUAACAUCUUUGAUAGUCUUCUCUGUCAGAGCUUCUUUAACCCUCACCUGUUGGCAAUCAUCCAGAUCCUGGUGGGCAAGUCAGACCACCAUCGCAACAGUCGUGCCAAAGUCUUCCAGGUAGACGUGCCACCCGAGUACAUUGGACACCGCUUUGGCUACCUGUUCGAGUCCCUGCUCAACUGUGGCGUCAUAUGUCUAGCGCUAUUCAGAACAAAGACCGACGAUAGUGGCGGCAAGUUUGUGCACACCAAUCCAUCGGCGUCAACAAUGCUGAGGGAAAGUGAUAGGUUGUUUAUCUUACAUCGAGUGAAGCCAGCAACAACUGCAAUGGCGACAGUCAAUCCAGGUGUGUAG